AUGUGUGUGGACCCCCGAGUCCUCAUUCUUACCAACAACAAGUACAUGUGUGUGGACCUCUGCGUCCUCAUUCUUACCAACAACACGUACAUGUGUGUGGACCUCCGAGUCCUCAUUCUUACCAAAAACAAGUACAUGUGUGUGGACCUCCGAGUCCUCAUUCUUACCAAAAACAAGUACAUGUGUGUGGACCUCCGAGUCCUCAUUCUUACCAACAACAAGUUCAUGUGUGUGGACCUCUGA